AUGGAGAACCAAACUCUCUCUUCUUCAAGCUCUUCCACACCCAAACCAGAAGAACUCAUAAGCCUUGUUGUGCCCAUGGAAGAGUCCAAGGAGAAGGCAGCGGAGAACACCAAUCUGAGUCUAGGGUCUCGUGAGGAGGUUAUGUCUGAAAGGAGGACUGAGAACCUUGGUUCCAGAUCUGGUCCUAUCCGAACGGGAAGAGAGAUCAUGAGGUAUUACCCGGCAAAAUCGAACAAGAUCUACACUUGUCACUUUUGCAAAAAGGGGUUCUCAACCUCUCAAGCCCUAGGCGGUCACCAGAACGCACACAAGCAAGAGAGGGAGUGGGACAAGAAGCGGAAGGAGAUGGAAGCAGACUUCCCCGGAUACUCCUUUUUGAAUCCCUACCUAGACAAGCCUCACCUGCUCUUAGGUGGGUAUUCACAAGAUGCUUUAUCAAAUGAUAAUCAUCUUGGGAUCACUCUUGAUCCUUUUAAACACAAGAUUAGCAACACCAUGUACCCAUCCUUCAAUAAUGGGCUCAAUAGAGGUAUCCCGGAUAACGUGACCGUGGUUCCUCGUUUGACUCCUACUCGGUUCUUCACCGGGAACACAUGUACCUAUGGUUCUUCUUCAAGGAGGCUUGGUCAGCACAUGCCUCCCUACAACAACAAUCACCCGGUGAUCCCUAGGAAUGUUCAUUCUUUUCCUCUUGCUCAAACCACCAACCUUUCUAGCAAUUUGUUCUCGCAAGUGAAAGCUUUGGGCGAGGAGAAUUUCAUCUCAAAGGUCGGAAAGAACAUCAUUGUGGAGAUUGAUGAUGAUGAUGAUCAGCCAGAAGAAGGAAAAUCUAAAACCUGGGGGAUUGAUUUAUCUCUGUCCCUUUGA